CCCCGACUCCCCGGCAGCUCACGCGCACGCAGUGGGGACCACCACCAACGAGAGGAAGACAGGAAGAAAUUUGAAGGGAGAAAGAGGGAGGAAGAUACGCCGCAGUCAGUGAUCACGAUUCACCAACGAGAGGAAGAGAUUCAAGAGAGGAAGAAAUCUGAAAGACAGUCUGAGAGUGAAGAUAGGCCGUUGUAAAAAAAAAAAAAGGAUACGCCGCUGUUGUUGGUGAGUAACCCCAGAAAGUGUCAGAGACUCACGAGAGGAAGAAAACUUUUUCAAGGAGAAAAGGGAGAAGAUGGCUGGUCUCCAAGGCAAUGGGGAGUGCUUGACAGCUGUCAGGAUUGAGUUGAUGAAGCUGUCCGAGGUGAAUGGCACUCUGCUGGCCGACCACCUGUGCGCCAUAGCCAAGUCCACGUAUGGUGUGAACACCUUCUUCGUGCUCAUCUCCGCCUACCUGGUGUUUGCAAUGCAGAUCGGCUUCGCGAUGCUGUGCGCAGGGUCGGUGAGAGCGAAGAACACGAUGAACAUCAUGCUGACCAACGUGCUGGAUGCGGCGGCGGGAGCUUUGUCCUAUUACGUCGUGGGUUAUGCCUUUGCGUACGGGGAGGAGGGGAACAAGUUCAUAGGCUCAGGAGGCUACGCUAUGGCGCAAUUCAACAGCAACAAAGCUGGCGCCGCCGCCGCCGCCGACGCUCGGUACCGAACGUGGAUGUUCCAGUGGGCAUUCGCGGCGGCGGCGGCGGGUAUAACCAGCGGGUCCAUCGCCGAGCGCACGCAAUUCACGGCCUACUUGGUCUACUCCUCCUUCCUGACGGGCUUCGUUUACCCCGUGGUCAGCCACUGGGUAUGGUCACCGGGCGGCUGGUUGACCGCCUUGGAUCUGGAUCCCGACCAGGGGCACCUGUUCGGGUGCGGAAUGGUCGAUUUCGCCGGCAGCGGGGUGGUCCACAUGGUGGGGGCUGUGGCCGGCUUCUGGGGGGCCUUUAUUGAGGGCCCAAGGCUGGGGCGCUUUGACGUGAAGGGCAAGAAGAAGGAGAUGAAGGGACACAGUGGGACUUUGAUUGUUCUUGGAACCUUCCUUCUCUGGUUCGGCUGGUAUGGGUUCAACCCGGGAUCGCAGCUGACCAUCGCCGACCCGAUCUCGGCGGCCAUCGUCGCCCGCUGCGCGGUCACCACCACUCUGAGCGGCGCCGCCGCCGCCGUCACCACUCUGUUUGCCAGGAAGCUCAUCGUCGCACACUGGAACGUGGCUGAUGUUUGUAAUGGCCUGCUGGGGGGAUUUGCCGCCAUAACGGCUGGAUGCGCGUUCGUCGAGCCGUGGGCCGCCGUGCUGAUUGGCUUCUUGGCCGCCUGGACCUUGAUUGGUAUGAACGCGCUGAUGCAAAAGCUGCAGUAUGACGACCCCUUGGAGGCGUUCCAGCUGCACGGGGGAUGCGGCUUGCUUGGGGUGCUCUUCGUGGGUCUGCUGGCAAAGAAAGAGUACCUUCAGCAGGUGUAUGGGCGGGGAGACUUUGGCGGUCUAUUCUACACGGGGAGCGGGAGACUGCUAGCGGCACAAGCCGUCGGAGCCAUCGUGAUUGCAGCUUGGACUUCGCUGCUCAUGGGCGCCUGCUUCUGGCUGCUGGAUAAGUUUGACCUCUUGCGAAUAUCGCAGGAAGACGAGAUUGCAGGGCUCGAUCUCACUCGCCAUGGCGGAUCGAACUACUACUACGCAACCGAAGACCCGGUCAAAGUCGAUCCGGCGGAGCUAACCGUGGCGCGCGAUCGAAUCGGCAUUCCCGGCGGGACUGCCGAAAUACUCUAAAAAAAGUCUUGAUUCAUUUUUUGGAUUCUCCCCCUCUUCCACCCCGGCACAUGUCCGUGAGUAUCAGGCUGCCCAACAUCG